AUGAAGUUCUUAUCAGUUGCCACCCUGCUUCUUGCUUCUCCGCUCGUCUCGGCGGCUUCCCCUCCCAACCCGGCUGGUAAUAUCCUGGAAAUCAAAUCAGUUGAUUUGGACCCCAACCCUCCUAAGCCGGGUGCAACUCUUACCAUCACUGCCAGUGGUGUACUGUCCGAAACUAUCGAGGAGGGCGCCACGGUGGCCCUAGUCGUUAAAUGGGGUCUCAUAACACUUAUCUCGCAGACUGUCGACCUCUGUGAACAAAUUAAAGAAGUUGACCUGAAAUGUCCUCUGGAGAAAGGUCCCAUGACCCUGACCAAGGAUGUGAAGCUACCGCAAGCGAUUCCCCCUGGAUUCUACUCGGUCUUGGCCGAUGUCUACACCAAGGACCAGAAGAAAAUCACCUGCUUGAAGGCUGAUGACAUCCAGUUCCAUUUUUGA